GAAACACAGCUUAGGAUCUGGAGCCGUGCAGAGCAGUGUGAUUAGCGGGAGAGUCACAUUACCCUCUGCCAAAGCUAGGAACAGCAUAGGAUUGGAAUUAAUUGCAGGCAAAAAGGGCUCAUUUGCUUGUGAGGCUGGUCCCACCUCAACAAAAAAUCUCCACUGACAGGACAGGUCAACACACCACCCCCACCAUCUCGAUUAAAGAAAAUCUCCAAGCUUAAGCAGGUCCCUUUGGACCAAAAACGCUUGGAGUUUCUGCAACAAAGCACUGUGAUGAUGUCAUGAUUUGUUUUUGAUUGAAACAACCGAGAAAAGUUUACUAAAGACAAAAGAAAAAGAAUGGAACAGCUAGCAAAACUCCUGUUAUGGCAUCUCCUGCUUUUAAAAGUGAAAUUUGCCAUUGCCUACACUAAUGUUCCUGCGAAUGCAAUGAACCCAGAUAGUGUUGUGGUGGCAUACCAAAACAUAUCUGCCCCCGCUGGGUCGGAGGUGGUGCUGCAGUGCUACAGUCAGCGAAUAGUCUGGACCCAGGACCGUUUGAAUGACCGUCAACGGGUGGCCCAUUGGGACUGGUUCUCAAUCAGCGGUGAAUACAAGGUCGAUCGUGUGCUCGAUAUGUUCUCAGCAGGGGAUCAGCGGGUCUAUAACAGCUACAACCAGGGGAGGGUAAUGAUGUCGACUUCUGCAUUUUCCAGUGGAAACUUCUCUUUAGUGAUAAAAGAUGUUAGAACAAAUGAUCGAGGGAUUUACUCAUGCAAUCUUCACCACCAUUAUUGUCAUCUUUACGAAACAGUCAAAAUUCAACUCAAUAUUACCAGAUCAGCAAAAAAGGUGAGGAAAUUUUGGGAUGGAGAGAAAGCAGUAAUGGUGGCCUUAGUUGGUACAACUGUGGUGCUGCCUUGUGAAAAUCACAACCACAUUUGGACGGAGAGACACAGUGAGGAAGAGCAACAGGUGGUCCAUUGGGACAGAUCACCUCCUGGGAUCUGGCAUGACCAGGCUGACCGGCUGAUUGAUCUCUACGCUUCUGGGGAGCAGCGAUCUUAUGGCCCUCAAUUUGUCAGGAAAAGGAUGAAUAUAUCAGAGACAGCAUUCGCUGAUGGUGACUUUUCGCUGACGAUCUCUAACCUUCGCUUUGGUGAUGAAGGAAUCUACUCGUGUGAUUUGCACCACCAUUACUGUGGGAUUCAUGAGCGACGCAUCUUCAACCUCUUUAUUACAGAGCCAAUCAGAAUGAACUUUACACAUAAAACAUCAUCUACAUCAGUUGAAGUCCCGAAAGUCGUCAAUGUUUUUAUUCCGGAACGUUCUUCACAUUUCCUUCAUCAAUUCGGAUACAUUCUGGCAACACUACUAUUGCUGGCCAUUCUGAUAACCAUCAUUGCCCUGAUUACCCACCGACAGAGAAAGCGAGGUCUCCAUUACAAUGUGAAGACAUCUCAGCCGAGAACAGAUGUUCCCCUCAACGAUUUUGUGAUUGACACAACUGACCUGAGACUGAACAAAAAUGAGGGAAUAAAACUGGGUAUGUGUGAUAUUGCAGACUACAAGAACAACAUACUAAAGGAGAAGGCUGCAAUGUCCAGAGAGAAGGUGGAGCUGCUCAGGGAGAUCCCCCCAAAGAACUUAGAUAAAGGUUUUGAGAAGCAAUACUGGAAAUAAAGAGAAUGAUGCUGCUGGCUGGAUCCAGAAGCUGAUCAGUGAAGGGUCUAUAUGAGGAAAUCAGUUGCCUUUUAUCAAUAUCCUUCAAUAAUACAGCGCUUAAUAAAAGUAUACAUAUCAAUGGUAUUGUCAUGAACAUAUCCCAAAACUGUGCAGCAAAUUUUGCAGAACCAUGACCUGAAACUGCCUGACUGGGAACCUUUCAUUUAUCUGACAUGUCUGCCGUUCCAAACCUGCAAUGGUUUUACUUGAUGAGGGAGACAGGCACCAGUAGCAUUCUACGUUAGCAUCAUUCAUCAGAAGGAGAAUGGUGGAUUUCAUGGCUGGCUUUAACUGUCCACGUGAUGUUAGUUGCAGGGAGGGUAGAGAUUCUGGGAGCAUAAGAAUGCAAGGGUAAAUGUUGCUCCUUUCAAAGUAUUUGGCUGUGGUGUUAUUUGAAGGAAUGACCACCAAAGUUUAAUGGUACACAAUAUGUAACUUGGGGGCUGUAAGUACAACACACAACUCACACAGUUACUUUCCAGCCAUGACCAAGUGGAAGACCAAGCAAUUUAAUAGCUUAAAACUAACAACAGUGUGGAUCACUAGACCUGUAACCUGUCUAUCCUCCCAUCUGCAAUUCAUCAGACUGCCCUUCCCACCAUCUCCAAUUUCACAAUGUCUCUCCUUCCAUCUCCAAUUCUUCAGUCUGUAUCCCUCCACCUCCAGCCAUUCAUUGUCUACUCCCACCAUCUCCAAUCUCUGUGGUUUCCCCACCAUUUCCAUUCCUUCAAUGUGUCUAUCCCUCCAUUUCCAAUCCCUCUGUGUGUCUGUCUCUACAUCUCCAUUCUCUCGGUGGGUCUAUUCCUGCAUCUCUAAUUCCCCAGUCUCUUUUGCUGUCCUGUACAGCCCCUCAAUCUGUUUAACACUACGUCUUCAAUCCUGCAAUCUGCUUAUCUUUCAUCCCAUCCCUCAGGGUGUUUCUCCUUCCAUUUUCAACCUCUCAGUAUAUUACUAUGAGCCUAUUCCUCCAUCUUCAGUCUCUGAGUGCUUCUUUCUUCCCGACCAGCAACUUGUCACUACAAAAGGUGAAUUUUCUCUUCUUUUAAAGAUUCUUUUUUUUCUGGUUAUAAUUCAAGUAAUAAGUCUCAGGAUGUGAAAAGUUCCACUAAAUAUUUUGUGAAUAAUUUCUAAAAUGUGCUGCAUAAAACAGAUACCAUCCCAUGGUAAUCCGAAACUGCGACAAUUUUUAAUUAUUCUAAGCAAGAAUGACAUUAUGCAAGAUUAACAGUGUAUGACAAUUAUUCAAUUUAUUUGUCUUAUUUUUAAAAUGCUGCAAUUUCAAAAAACACAUUGCCGUAUCUCUUGAACCUGCUCAGUCCACGCAGUUACCGAGGCAGCAUAAUAUCUAGGUGUUUCAUCCCACAUUUCCGUUUCUCACUUGAUUUUCUUUGCAUGGGAGUAUAUCUGUCAUAUCAUCUAGAUGACUUAUCACUGGCCUGUGAUCAGUAGGGUUCAGCCUGGGAUAGCUGUCACUUGCUUAGGAUCAUUGGGGUUCAGCACUGAUGCCAGGGAUCAGCCUGAGGAAACUGUUGCUGGCCUGGGAUCAGCAGUGGAUCUAUAUUCAUAUAUGGUGUGCAGCUUCAACUGCAACAUAACUGAUAAUGAUACAAAGUAGAAGGAGGAGACUGGGUGAGUAUUCCCAGUCCAGAUAUAACCACGGCCAGUGCCAUAUAAAUAAAACACUGCUCUUUCAUUUUUUUAUUGUAAGUGCCCAAUGAUUUUUGUAUAAGUAAAUUUAAUGGGUAGAGUUGGUCUUCCCUGUAUAUUAACUACUUCAUAAAAGAAAAGUAGCCAUCCAAAAUCAAUUACAACUUAUUUUGAACAUAUUUGUCAGAUUGUCUUUUAUUUAAUUGAGGUCAAGACAGGACACCACCAAGAUCAAGAUUAGUUGGAGACAAAAUCAGCAACAUGAGGAAGAGUUUAGCUGACACCAAGUUUGGGUUCUUAUAGACUGAGGUUUGUAGGAAGAAGAAAAAAUGAGGUAGAUGAAGAAAGAGUUAUACAGUUUGAGGGCCUGGGUGAUAAUGAGUUUGAGUAGGAUAUAGUAGUGUGAUGGGAUUUGAUUUCAACAUCGUGAGAGUGAUGGGAAGGGGGAUUAGUGAGUAAAAUUGGCUCUCCAUCUGUCCAUGUCUUGUCCAUUACUCUGUCUAAACUGUCUUCUAUCUGAUGAUAUUUUGAUACUAGACUAUUUAAACCAAAAUUCCAAAAACAUACAAUCAGAAAAUCACUGUUGUUCAGCAGAAAAUUUCAGCAUUGCUACUGGUGCCAUUCCCCCCGACCCUAUUAAUUGCAGGUAUUUUAUAGGCCAGUACAUGUGAAAGUGUUGUCUGAAAAGAUCUGUAGUGAGUUGGCACCAAAAAGGCCUGUGGUUACUGUCUACACAUGAUGUUGUGGAAAUAUAACUUUUGCUAACUUGCCAGACAGACUUUUUGUUUAAUUUAUUCUUUCAUGGGAUGUGGGCAUCACUGGCAAGGCCAGCAUUUAUUACAUAAUUGUCCUUGAACUGAGUGGCAUGCUAGGCCAUUUCAGGGGGUAAUUGAGAGUCAAUGACAUUACUGUAGGUCUGGAGUCACAUGUAGGCUAAACCAGCAGAUUUUUAGUGCAGAUGGGUUUUUACAACAAUCAACAACAAUUUCAUGGUCACUAUUACUAAGACUGCCAUGGUGGGAUUUGAACCCAUGUCCCCAUAACAUUAGUCAGGGACUUGGAAUUACUAAUCCAGUGACAUUACCACUGCUCCACCAUUUCCCCUGAUUCCAUAGUGGAGCUCUCUUCAAUCUCUGACCUAGAGACACACCCAGCAAGUUUCCAAUUCCUUUUCAAGAUAUAGUGUUAUUAUUCUGUAAACUCUAACUAUUGGAAAUAAUACAUUAAAGCUUCAUUUAUCAUAAUCCUCCCAGUAAUAACUCCUACUCUGAGCCAACAAAGACAGUCUUAAAUAACACACAUGCAAAUUUCAAUCCUCAGUGACAGAAAUCCCUUUCAAAUCUCCACAAAUUUGUAAUUAUAGAGGUUGAAUGUUGUAAUACCAAUUCCAAAAUCAAAAAAAAGGCAGGAUUUGGGGAGAGUGAAGGGUGGGACUGGGACAGGUGAAAGUGGAAUCGGAGGGGUGCAGGAGGUAGGAGCAACAGAAUGCAAGGUGACAUUGGAGUAGCGUAGGGAUUGGCACAAAGUAACCCAUAUAAUUUAAGGAUGAAGAGCAGAAUUUUGGAUUUGUCUGGGUAGGAUCAAGCCAGUGCAGGGGAUGGGAUUGGACAGAUUCAGGGGGUAGGGAAGGGGAGGGUUGAGAACAGGUCAGGCUUUGGAAUUGACCUUACCCAGAGAUUGGAAUUGCUCAAAUGCAGGAGAUGGGGCAGGAUGGUUUGAGAUUGACCUAGUGCAGCGAUUGGGAUUAGCUCUUGCAAUAGUUGGAAAUUGACCCAGUGCAAGGAUUUGUAUUGACUCAAUGUUUGGAGCAGGACAGGAAUCAGGGCAACAACAACUUGCAUUUAUAUAGCACCUUUCAACAUAGUAAAACAUCCAAGUACUUCACAGAGUUGAUAUAAAAUAAAAUUUGCCACCAAGAUACAUAAGGAGAUAUUAAAUAGGUGACAAAAAUCUUGGUCAAAGAGGUAGGUUUGAAAGAGUGUUUAAAAUGAAAGAGGGGUAGGCUUAGGAAGGGAAUUGCAAAUCUUAGGACCCAGGUAACCGAAGGGAAGGUCACCAAUGGCAGAGCAAUUAAAAUGAGGGAUUUGCAAGAGACCUCAGAGGGUUGUGUGGAUGGAGGUGGUUACAAACAUAGGGAGCGGCAAGGCUAUGAAGGGAUUUGAAAACAAGGAUGAGAAUUUCAAAAUUCAAGUGCUGCUGGGACGCUAUGUGAGUUAGGAUAUGGUCAGCAAACUUUUGGAUGAGCUGAAUUUGACCAAGGGAGCAAGGAGAGUGGCUGGCCAGGAGUAUGUUGGAAUAGUUGGGUCCAGAGGUAACUAAGGCAUGGAUGAGUGUUUCAUUAAUAGACAAACUGAGGCAUGGGUGAGUGAAGAUGGACAAUGUUACCGUGGCUGAAAGAAGACAGUCUAGGUGUUGGGACAGAGCAAGAGUUGAAAUUACAGCAGUGCAGAGGUUGGAGUUGGGCAGGUGUGAGAUUGGGGUUUAAUGAAAAUUCACUCAAAACAUUACUAAUAAUGACAUCCCCACUUUGCAAAACAUAG